AUGGCUGGCAGACAACCUCAAGGUGCCGGUAGUCGUUACACAAUCUUAAUUAUUGAAAAUCCGGUGAAUCAACCUCCGACUAAUUGGCCAAGAUGUUAUCCGAUAAUUUAUCAUGAUAUUGAAAACGAUUUUACAAAUGAAGAUUAUAAGAAAAAACUUCGUGCAUCCUAUUUUCUUUUUAAAUUUUAUAUUGUAACACUGCUAGCACAUUCUUUUGCUGAUAUUGCAAUUGCGGCAUCAAGGUUUAAUCCAGCGCAAAUAUUGUCACAACUUAUCGCUUCAGCAUUAUAUCUCAUCAUUAUGCCUCUUGGUGAUUUCUUGGCCAGACAUUUAAGUCUUUAUACCGGUUACAAGUACUAUUUUUUUGGUGAAUUUAUUGUAAUUUUAUUUGGUGUAAUUAUUGGUGUUGGAUUUUUAAAUGAAGGUAGUAGUGGAACUAUUGGCGCAGUAAAAUUAUUUCAAUUGGGAUAUUACGUGGCUGGUGUUUUUACUGUUAUAUUUUUGGUUAUGGUUCCUUCACUCAAUAAUUUCGCAAGAUUAGAAUUAAAUGUGAGAUUGACUCAA